AUGGUGCGUGUGAUGAGCUUGAGUGGUGCGGAGAUCAUGAGCCGGACAGAGGUGCUGCAACUGGAAGAGCUUUGGACAGAGGCCUGGGAGAGCUUUGCGACUGGGGAGUCGUGGCAAGCUGUGGCUGCCGCCCUGGGCCACCAUUGCCGGCUGCUUCGUGGCGGAGAGGAGUUGACCGACGCCAUGACGGAGAUCGCGGUGGAGGACGAGCUCACCGCGAUCAUCUGCAGCAUCGAGCCGUGGAUGAAGAUGUUGGGUCUUCUGCAGGAGGAUGGCACUCCCUUCUCAGAGGCUUACAGUCGAGGAGACUUGGAGACCAUGGCGCUGAAACUGGGACGUGCAAUCCUUUCGAUCGCCUGUUGCCACGGGCGCGUUGGGCAUUUGGAGGGCUACCUCUCUGUCGAUUGGCCUUUUGGCACUGCCAUGCCCAAAGCCUUUGCGGAGAGCACACGGCGCAAAAGAGAAGGCGAACUCCUGUUGACCCCUGACCGUGAGAUCUUACCUGCUGGCGCUCGGCUUCGGAUCUCGUGCGCUGAAGGGACUCACGGAGAGGAAAGUGUCAGGACCCUGUCCAAAGCGAUGACACUGCAGGACCUCCUCGAGCUCCAGCGCCGCAAUCCGCUGGACCGUGAAGAGAUGAUCAAGCUCUUGGCCUCUCCCAAGGCCGUGGAGUGCCAGGCGGAGGAAGUGCAUCGCUUGGUCAAGGUCGUGGACUUCGAGCCGCCCGAGGUGCACUUGCAGCUUGCCUAUGAAUUCUGCAGAGAGGAUGACUUUUGUUGA